GAGAAAUAGGAAGUUCCAAGGCAGUCAGUUUCUCUGGGCCCCAACUUUGUCAGAUGGCCAGCUUCCCCGCUCCAGAACAGGCCUUAUGGUCACAGUAGCUGGCUUCUGUCCUGGGGAAAUGAGCCAGAAUCCCAAGGAAAUGGAACCCACCCUGUGAGUCCCCGUGAGAGAAGAGGACAAGCUGUGAGCAAGGAGAUGACCCAGGCCUCCAGCUGAGCCCUAGGACAGGGACUGCCAUCCUGGAGUCAUCCUGGCCUAGCUCGGCCCUGAAGAUGGAGGUGGCCUGGAGGGGGGUGUUCAACAUCCUUCUGGCUGUGUCCUGGGCUUCCACAGAGAGUGACAUCCAAGAAAACAUUCCCCUUCAGACCUUAAAUUGCAAUAAUGACUUCAGGACUAGGAUUAUCUGUCAGUGGGAGGAGGUUGCCGAUGCCCAACGCUACCUCAACCUGACUCUUUUCCGCCAAAUGUAUGAUAACGAGCCACCAAAGCAAGUCUUUUGUGACCCUGAGCGGAACACGUCCUUGCCCACCUGCCAGUUCCAAUCCUGCAUACCCAGGACUUGCUUCAUUCACCAGGAUGUUUUUGUUACAAGUCAAGUCGACAUCUUUAGCUUCAAAGCAGAUCAUCCACUGGAGCUCCAGCUUAGCAUCAACCUAACCCAGAAUGUUCUGCCUCCUGCCCCUGAGAAUCUCGAGGUUUUGGAGAAUGGAACUGAAGGUUUCCUGCUUUCAUGGGCGAUGCCCAGAAGCUGGACCCAGAGCCUCCAGUCAUCCCUGGUGGGACUGACGUUCCAGGUGGCUUACAAGAGACAAUGGGAGUCAUGGGAGGAGGCUUCUACAAUGGAAUCCUCCAUGGCCCAAGUUCCCCUUGGGUAUGAUGGCCUCAUUCCUGACAACCUCUACGUGGCCCGAGUUCGGGCCAAGACAUCUAGAGGACAUACCAGCCUGUGGAGUUCUGAGGUUCCCUGGGAAUCUCAGAAAGGGGAUGCAGCUCAGCCCAAGAAUCUCCAGUGCUUCUUCGACGGACACAAACAGCUCAGUUGUACCUGGGAAGUGAGGACCGAGGUUACCCGCUCUUUCUCCUUUGGGCUCUUCUACAAGGCUGGUCCAGGUGCAAAGAAGGAGUGCACCCCCGUGCACAAAGAGAGGAAAAUGGGCAGCCCCUACGUACAGUACAGAUGCCAGAUUCACGUCCAGGACCCCAGCAACCAAAGCCAGUACACGGUCAUGGUGCAAAGCAAGGAGGGGAAACCUUUACCGAGUUACAAGCACAUUAAGCCACCGACACCAUCUAUUAAGGUCAAGAAGGCUGGAAACAACUAUUGGUUCCAGUGGGAAAAACCCCAGGUCGGUUUUGACAGUGAGCAGACCUAUGAAGUUCAAUACAGGAAAUCGACGCAGACUUGGGAGGAAGCCCACCGUGAAACCUUGAGAAUCAUUGUGGACAUGAACAUCUCCGAGACUUCUCUGGAGCCGGCCACGGAAUACUUUGCCAGAGUGAGGGCAAUGGUCACAGAUAAAUCCUACAGUGGGACAUGGAGUGAGUGGAGUAAUGAGUGCUCCUGGAGAACAGAGAAAGUCUUCCCUCCAGAGAUCCUGGGACUGGUACUGGUCAUCUCUACAAUCCUGGUACUCCUGGGGACCUGGUGCUGUUAUACCUUUGGAGCCAGACUGAGGACAAAUUGGGAAAACAAGAUUCCCAACCCGGGUAAGAGCCACCUAUUCCAGGAUAAGAACCAGAGGAUUUGGAAUCCAGGUAACUUUUUUACUGUCAGUCAAGAGAGCCCUUGGGAGAAGGAGGAAAGAGAAUACUCUGUUUCCAGGAUGGAUUGGCUUGAUUUUGAAAACAGAAGCUCUGUAUCCCCUCUCACUGCUGUGGACCCCCAGGAUGUGUGUUCUCUGUCCUCUGACCCUGACCCAUACCCAGCAUCCAUCACUCUGCCUGAUGAGGACCUGAGCCUGUCUUGCUCCCAGAAAAUGCCUCAGCCCAACACUCCAGUGAAGGACCUAGACUCGGGCUUCGCUUUCAAUGGCCCCUACCUCGGCCUGCCCCAAAGCCACUCCCUGCCUAAUAUCUCUGGCCAGGUGGGAUCCUGCCAGGCUGAAGGGAACAAGAAGCAGGCCCGUGGGUCCCUGGAGUAUUUUUGUCUGCCCCAGGGUGGGCAGGUUGGCCUUGUUCCUAUGGCCAAGUUGGUUGAACUGGGCAGAGAUAGAGUGGAAAAAGAAACUUCAUCUGAUCAUCCUUCACCCAGAGAAGAAGCUGAACCCUGUACACUCAGGGAGCAAGCUGCCCCCCCAUCUGGGGAACCAAGGGAGGAGAAAAACCUCAGUCAAGUAGCUGCCAGCUCCACAGGCCCCCUGAAAUUGGCCGGGGUCUCAGGCUACAUUGCCCCUGAGAACCUGGUGCUUGGCUCUGAGAAGGCUGAAAGUCUCCCGCCUCUCACCAUGCCUCCCUUGCCUUGCCCAGCCCCUGAGUCCAGUCUUGGCCUCUCCCUGGGAGAGACCAAAGGGCCUCUUUCAGCUCCCAGCCCUGCAAUGCUGACAUUGGAGGGAUAUGUUGAGGUCCCUCCAAACAUGGUCAGUGCUGAGGCCCCUCCAGAGAACCCCAGCCCCUUGCAAGUUGGGCCCUCAGCCCCAAAUCCCAUGGAUGCCCAGCAGGAUGAGACCAUAACAGUGUUCCAUCCUGAAGGACUCAUUGUCCUGCAGCAGAUAGGAGACUAUUGCUUCUUCCCUUUCCAGGGCCAGCUGGUCUCUCCUGGUCAUUGCCCUGAGAAAAUGGCUAAGCCCCAAGAUAUUCAGGGCAAGGAGCCCCCAGGCCAGCCACUGCCUCAGGUGCCAGCCAUCCAGCUCUUCAAGGCCAUGAAGCAUCAGGAAUACCUUGUUCUGCCAACAUGGGAUGGCUGCAGGCCAGGGCAGGUGUGCUAACAAAGCCCCCUCAAACGGGGGUCCACCAGUCUCCAGAGGGCAGGUCCCUUCACACUGCGUCCCCACCUCACUAGGCUUUUUGCUUUCUAUCCCCAACAGAAUGGAAGCCCUUUGAAGGCAGGGAUUUUCCUGUUUUUACCCAAGACUUGAGUCUGAGUGCAAACUCUGGCAGUUUGUGACCUCAGGGGGUUAUUUCCCUCUCUGAGCCUCAGUUUCUUCUUGGUCUCAGAGGACAGACAAUGAAACGUGCUUCCCUCCUCUUCAACUGCAGAAUAUGACAUGGACUUACACAUGAAGAAUGGAUUUUCUGGAAGAAGGAUUGCCAAAGUCUCAUUUUUUUUUUCUGUUCUGAUGUAUGAACCAUCAGAGGACCUUCCCACCCACUGAUAAAACUAUGGAUUCAGUUCUCAAAAUUGAGGCUUUAUGCUGAAAUAAGGAAAAGAGAUAUUCUUUUCACAGGUGUUGAAGUGGGAAGAGCAAUGUAUUUGGAGUCAGAAGAUCUGGGUUCAGAUCCUGACUCUGACUCUGCCACUUAAUACAUGUAUGAUCUUGGAC